AUGUCACCGAAGGUUUCGAUAUAUGUCGCCAUCAGCGUCAGCGACGGCGUUUACAAACACUGGGGUGUUUUUAUCGAUGCGCCCCGAGAGGAAGACAAAGUUUUGCUCCAAGUAGCGGGUUCAGAUGGUCGAUUCCGCUAUGAGCUGGAAACGACAGAUGUUCGGCAAUCGGAAAGACUGGUGGAGCUGCUUCCCUUGUAUGAUGUGGACGCCACGCAGAUCAACUCCAUCAAGACUGUCGCUAGUCAAGUCGCCGUUCACAAUGAGAUUCGGGGCUGGAAUUGCCAAGACUACGUGCUUGAUCUUCUGGAGGCACUAGAAAAUGAAGCGAUAAUGAACAGCAAAGACGCGGGUUACAAGAAGCAGAGGGAUUUGCUUCAUGGGAAACAGGAAGGACUGGCAUAG